AGUCGUGAUUUGUCUACUCGAUGGUAUAAUAAUUAUAUUAUAUUAUACAUCAUUCGUCGUUGUCGCCGUCUCCGUUAUCAUCAUUCAUGUCUGUAUAAUAUCCUGGUUGUGAUACAUCACUGUUCGAGACAGCAUAAUAGUAAUAACACAUUAUAGUAUACCACGGACUUUUGCUCGUGCUUGCGUUCUAUGUAGCUGCCACCGUGUGGCUGUCUCGCAGACUUGGAAUCGACUGCAAGUACCCAAGCACUCAUCCGACGACGGGUAGGUAGUCAUUAAAAUAUAUAAAUUACAUAGUAACCGCUUGCCGCGAUAUUAUGACUUACUCCGCCGAGACCGAAACGGCUGCCGCGGCCGCGGUGAACCUGCUCCGCGACAACGUCCGGUUGGCCGGAAUGACAGGGGCCGGCGUCGGUGGCCCGUGGUACUAUCCGCCGACCGUGGUCGACGAGGACGGCCGGCUGUGGGGCAGCUGCGCCGACCACAUGGAACGGGUGCUGGAUAACCGGACGGCCGUCCGGCACUACUACCGGUCGCUACAGCCGGACGCGCCGGCGCCGCCUCUGCUGAGCAGGGCCGACCACGUGGCCGUCAUCGAGACGUUCGCGGCCGACCUGCUGGCGUACUACCGGCCACUGCUGGCCGUCGUCGACCCUCUCCGUAGCGACCUGGGAGCGCAGACCGUCGUCCUGCUAGCCGAGGCCAACGUCCUGUACAACAUCGUGUUAGCCAUGCGGCCGUGAGCCAGACGUUCGUGCGAUCGAAGUCCACCGAUCGGCGAAAACGAACACCGGCAGUCUUGUGAAUCAUUAUAAUAUUUUUUUUCGUCAAUAAAAUCUUCAAAAAACGUGACGUUGUAACCGUCUCUCUGUCGACAUCGUGUUUUUGGCUUUUUGAGCAGGUUACACCCAAUACAAAUAUAUACCU